AUGUCUACGGACAAAUCGUGUUUAGCUCCUGAACAGAUCUCGAAUGCAGUUUAUGAGGAACCUUCGUCAUUGUCUGAAAAAAAAGCCAGCAGAAGUCGAGAAAAAGCCAAACAAUGGACGUAUUAUAUUGAAACACUUAACCGAACAAUUGACUGCAUCUAUGAAAUAUGUCACAAGGAACAAACCGUUAAUGGAUGCAAAGAAGCGUUGAUGUAUCUUUCAAAUUCUGUUCGCGAUUUUGAAUCACUCAUCAAAACAAUUCAGCUGGAAGUUGGUUGGGAUGAAAAAAGCAAACGACAUGCAGUCGCUUGGGAAAUUCGAAAAGCAAUAUCACCUCCCGGAAAGACAAUUGUUGGAGGACCAGAUAAAAAGGGUGCUGGUACCCUUAUAAAUAUACUUAAACUAUCACCAGUUGUUGCGCAUGAGGCUGUACAGAGUGCGGAAAAGAAACUGAAAGCCAAUUUACCACAACCGGCGCAAUCUGUGUUAUCUUCAACUACAACAACACUACAGCACAACGAACUAUUAGAUAAAGACAAUCAUAAGAAAGGGGUUGAAUUAAAGGAAGAUCAAGGUGAUGAUGGAUGGCGCUUAGUGACAACACGACAUAGGCGACGGAAGAGUAUUGAACCCGAUUCUAUCCCCACUAACAAUAAAGAAACGGAACACAGUAUUGCAAUGACGGCGUCUUCGAAAAGAACAUUUAUGAAUGUUUAUGAGCGUUUGUCAACUGGCAUCCUUCGACCUCCGAAUUUGUCGACUCGUACGCCAUUUCUUUCGGAAUCAGGUGGACGAGGCUUAAUGUAUCCUAGAUGUGCUAUGGAUCUACCGCAAACAAAAGCGUCUAUGGCAAAAGUAGCAUAUUGUCGGCAGUUAUUGUGGAAAAAACAUCAGUUGGAUUUAGCAGAAAAGAUGGAGCGUAGACGUCGCCAAGAUUUGCAGAGCGCUCGCAAAACUGGUUCCGUUCCUGCUCUUUCGGCAAUUAAUUUCGCUGACCCAGAUGCUGUUUCACGUAGUGCUACAGCAUUUAAAAAUCGGAAGAAAGUAUUGAAAAAGAAUGGUGCUGCUGGAAUAGUGAAGGAACGAAGUACACCGGCAAAUUUUGAACGCAUAGAGGAAUUACCAUCGAAAAAUGAUGAAGAUCGCGAAAAUAUCCCAGCUGGUUUGGAGGGAUCGAUUGUCAUUCACUCCAGUUCAGAUUAUUUUACUCACAGCAGAUCUGAACCACCAUUAUCGGAAUUGGUGUUGCCUGAUGGUAUAGACAUAGACGAUGCAUGGAGAGCGAUGACAGAAGAAGAGGAAUCAUUGGUGCAAGAAGAAGAAAGUUUGAAAAAAGAAAUCGAAGAGGAAGAAAGUAUUUCUAUUGAUGAAGAGCUGGAACGACAAGUAGCUGCUGAAGCUGCAGCAUUGGAACAAUUGGAAACCGAGCAUAAAUGUGAGGAAACUGCUGAGGCAGAAUCAUGCAAUAACAAAAAAACUCCAAUGACAUGGCAAGAUGUCGUCAACAACUGGAAACGGGAAAUGGAGGAAUAUGCAUCUAUAAGUUGGGGCGAAAUCGUGGAACAAGAAAUCACUCGUUAUCGUAAGCCGGGAGAAUUUGUUGAAAGGCAUGAAAAAUUAUCUUCACCAAGCAGGAAAAGAAACACUGAAAAUACGACAGAACGACACAAGGAACGGCAAAGAAGAGCUGAAGAAUUACGCCAAAUGUUGCAAAAGCAGAAAGCUGAGCGGCUGAAAGAACUGUCCAAUAAGGUGGAAGAAGUGAGACGAAAAAGAGCUGAACUGAGUGAACGAAAACUUGAGCACUUACAGAUGCGAAUGGCGAAGGCUGAAGAAAAUCGUCAGAAAAAUAUUGAAGAAAAAGUGAAAAAAGCACGCGACGAUGACGUCAAGGUUAUGGAGGUGCAGUUCAUCAAUACAAUAGGAGCAGAUAAUAUGCGACAUGAUGUUAUGAUUCGUAGCCAGGAAUGGGAACAGAGAGUACAGACGAUUGCAAACGAACGCGCUAGAAAAAAUGAGGAAAAAGCUGCUAAAGAAGCUGCAGCAGAAGAACGGCGAAAAAUCGCAGCAAAUCAAAGAAGACAAAAAAUGCGCGAAAAAUUCGAGAAGCAUGAGCUGUUCGAAGCGCAACGUAACGAACAGGAAAGGGAAAGAAGUGAAGCCGUUCGAGAAAGGAAUAAGCAGUUGAAUGAGCGGGUCGCGGAAAAGAAAGCAACGGAUGCUCAGGAAGAAACACGUCGUCGUUAUGAAAAUACUCUGACACAAGUGAAACAUCGUGCUGUUGAACUAAGUAGUCCAAGACCGACGGAGUCAGUAGCUUCUUUGGCUGACUUUAGUCAGAUACCUUCAGAAACUCUGUAUGUUUCAAUGCUCGAAGGUAUGAGUGGUGGUGGGAGCUCGAAAAAAUGCAAACUUUGCGACACUCCGCUUGACAGUGACUUUUUCAUCAUAUCACAUUUUCUAAGCGCUUCUCACUUAUCGAAGGCAAACAUUAACAUCAAAGAGCUAAAUUAUGAUUGUUUGAAAACACAAAUUGAUCAGAAUGCUGAAGAUGUUUGUGUCGAGGCAACCAGACAGCUUUCUUUAGGAGGCGAAAGUGAACUUUCGAAACAAAGUACAAGUACUAAGAAACGUCGGACCCGUCUUCGACAGAAGAUCCAGACAAGGGCUAAAGAGUACGAUAAGAUAAUUGGACAGAGUGAUUUAUCUGAUGCUUACCGAACUUCUUCCGGAAAGACGAGUAUUGAUCGGCCUCUUCGGGAUAUCGCAAAAGUGUUAAAAGCAACUUUGGGGGAGGAUGCAAUUAAAGAUCGCUGCAGUGGAUUGGUGAAGGAGUCAUUUCAAAAUAAAGUUUAUCCAAGCACUGAUUUACAUAUCCUUGAGAGGUCAUUGUCCGAAAUUCUACGAGCAUUGCGAGCAUCCGAUACCCUGCAAAAACGUGAAAUGCUUUUGAAAACAGUAGUUCAGAAUGAUUUUAUAGAUAUUUUGACGGCAUUGAUAUCUUGUGCAACUAAUGGUGACACAAUUAUACCUUCCAGAACAUAUUGUAAAGCUUUGUCCACCUUUGGAGAGCUUGUUACCAUCGAUAAAUUUAUUGCUUCAAAGUUCUUUUUCUCCAACCGCGUCUUUGCACUGUUAGAUGCAUAUUGCAUCAAGUCUAAAUCAAUGGUUUGGCGAUUUCUAAAAGAGUCGCACAUGCCGACUAACGAUGGAUCUUACCGACUUUUAAUUGAAUGUGUUAUGUUGUGUUCGACGUUUUUACGUGUCAUGAACUCUUUGUAUACAAAAGUCAAAGGGGAAAUUUCAAGUAGUGCAGUCGUAUUUGGCAUCACAGAUGAUGAUAUAUACGUAAAACAGCUACUGAGCUUAAUUAAUUUGGAUGGCUAUGGAGAUACUCUUUUGUUCCUGAUCAAACAGACAGGCAUGAUCGAUGCAUUACCUUGGUCAGUUCAACUUGAUUCUAACGCAGUUGCGAUACCUAUCAUGGUUUACACUGAUAUAAUUUUGGAAGUUGGUGAAAUACUUUAUCUGCUAGGAUGUAAAAAAAGAAGGAAUGAAGCAGAAGGAAUACUGUCUGAAAAAUCGUCACUAAUAACUAGUUUGGCUCCCGCGGCAAUUCAGCAGUUCGCAGUUCGAAUUUAUUCGAUAAUAUCGUCAAACUACAAUUCAUCAGCUACAACAGCCAGAGUAUCUGUUAUAUCGAUAGGAAAUCAUCGUGAAGAAAUUGACGUUACUCAAUUGCUAACAACAUCUCUAUUCCAACUCUGGUUUUUUCUUUUAAAAAAAGAACCGUAUGAAGCGAUCAAAUGUCUCGAGGACAGUGAGCUUUGUUUACGAUUAAUGCACAUUACUAUGACAAUGGUGGCUCAAACUGAGAAAGUUAUUUUCGCAAAUACGGAUUCGUCAAAAUCGAAAGCUACGGAUCAGCGUAUUAAAAAUUUUCUUCAUUUUCUCAUUGAAGUUAUUGGUUAUUUUGCCACUGCCAGUGAACGUGCUAAAAUGUUUUGCGUAUUUGGCUGGCAGCGUUCAUUAUUAAUGCAGCUUGCUUCUCUACCAUUGGGAUAUUUUUCAAAUCGUGAACUAAUGGCAAUACUAAUACCAACUCUUAUUGCUAUAUGCUAUCAAAAUCCCAUGGCGAUCGAUUUAAUCAAACCAUCACUCAGUGCAGAAACUUUUGCGGUAUAUCUCGAAGCUGCUCAGGAUGAGCAAUUCCCUGAACCAGCACGGUUUCCAAGAAAGUUUUGGUCGGAUGCAAUAGAGUAUUUUAGAAAUUGUUACAUGUAUGAGGCGAAAUUUUUGGAUAUCACUGAUCAGAGGGCGAAGGAGCUGGAUAUUGAGUGGUUCGAGUCGUUUCGCCGAUGUACUGUGUUGAGUGCUUUUGGUUCAUAUAUGGAUAGUUUCGAAGUGAAACAGCUACGUUCAUUCAUGCGGUCAAUAUUUGAAGCUAUAUUAAAAAAUUAUAAAGACGAUGCAGACUUCGAAAUAAGUGCUGAGGAAAAGAAACGGAGCAAGUUGCUGAUGCAGUGCCUUGUAAAUGCUGGAAAUUGUUCGGAAAAUCUUCGUUCAUGUGCUGAUGAGUAUUCAGAAGACUGUCUCCGAAGAUUACUAAAAUUGGAUUGGUUACAAAGUGAAACGUUUGCUGCCAUGAUUAAUUUUUCAAAGCCUGAAAAUGGCGAGAUAUACUACCAGCUCGCAUUUGAAUGUAGUAUCUUAUGGAACCAAGUUUGCAGUGACAUAAAAAGAUUAGAGAACAACGAAAUGGUGUCAGAGAAUGGUAGUGAAUCUCAAAAUUGUGAUGCCCUGGCAAAAGCUUAUGAUAAAAGAUCCUGGUUAUUAGCAGUAUUUGCCAAGUAUUUGGAAUUUAAUGAUAACUUUCUCACUGUGUGUGGUGAAAUCAUUGAACCAUCUUCUGCUGAUACAUUUAUUGACAUUAUCGAUACUGUGAUAGAAUUUGGUAAGAACGGUUGUAAUGUCAAGCUUGCUGCUGGAAAUGUAAGAUAUGUAUUAAUAUUCUUGGAGAAGGCACUAAGGAAAUUUGGCACGUUUGAAAAAGAUAGUAAAAUGGAAGAAUACAAAGGGAUGAACAACUUUAAUAGCAUCUUCCGCAUUCAUGUUUUGCUGGAAAUGAUUUUGGAAUUGGUUUCAGUGAAAGAAUAUCAGUCAAUAUUUAAAACAGAUUUAACAACUGCGAAAUUAAUUCUUCAUAUAAUUGAGGGGAUACUGCACUAUGAUUUUAUCAAAUACCAAAGUGAAACAUGCAGUUCGAAAUCCCAAGAAAAAUUCAGCGAUCGACCUGGAUUUAAGUUGUUACCAAGAAGUGCAGCUAAUAUAGGCUAUGUCUAUAAUUUAGCUAUAGCUUUAAGCACAUUUGGUAAUGUAAAGCUGAUUGAAACCAUGAAAUUGUCGUGCCUGGAAUUAAUUGGCAUUCUAUGUCACGAAAAUGAUAUGAUACGUGAAUACUUUGGAGCAAAUGAUAGCAUCUCAUUGCUGUUAAAUUGCAUGUGCAUACGCGAUGACCAUAAUCCGACUGGGAGACUUUAUGCAAUUUCUGCUCUGCGACAUUUGGUUUUAGGCUAUUCACCAAAUCAGUUACGACUUGCUCAACUUUCAGAGGAACCAUCAGCAAUUAUAGAACGAGAUGGUUUGUUGAGAGAAUUAGGUUUGUGUGCUGUGUAUGACCAGGAAACAAAGAAGAUUCGACUUAAACCAGUACCACGAUAA